GAUACACAUUAUAGCUGAGUGUAAUGAUGAUGACUCGGAGAUAGAUGGCGCUCUAUUCUUUGCUGUAUGCCGUGGUAAAGUUAGCGAGGGGAUGGAUUUUGCUGAUGACAAUGCCAGAGCUGUUAUUACAGUUGGAAUACCUUAUCCUAGCUUUAAAGAUGUCCAGGUGAAGCUUAAAAGAGAAUACAACGACAAACAUAAGAUUGAUAGAGGACUUCUAAGUGGAGGUGACUGGUAUGAAAUCCAGGCAUUUAGGGCCUUAAACCAGGCUCUAGGAAGGUGUAUAAGACACAGAAAAGACUGGGGAGCCUUGAUCAUUGUUGAUGAUAGAUUUGUUAAAAGAACAGAAAAAUAUUGCAAGAGUUUGUCAAGAUGGGUAAGAUCCAAGGUACAGACAUUUAAUGUGUUCUCCGACUUUCUCACAUCCAUGUCAAACUUUACUGAGAAAAUGAUCAAAGAAAUGCCCAAAGUUAGUCCAGACACAUCAUUUAUUCCCAGUACACCAUGUGACGACAGAAGAGAUUCUGUUUAUAAGAGACAUUCACUAGAUAAUUCAUACUUGAAUAGUACUAUACAGGCUUCACCUUACUUCACAAGUCCACCAUUGAAUCAGUCUCCAGAUUUGCAAAAUUUAUUUAGAACUCCUGAAACCUCAAGCAAGAAAAGAUCAGUAACUAGCCCAGCUCCAAUGUUUCCUGGAGUUACCUCCCCUACAGUGCACCAACAGGUGCUUGCUGGAGUUACUUCCCCUACAGUACAGCAACAGGUACUUACAGGAGUAACCUCCCUUAAUAUACAGCAGCAGAUUCUGAAUGUGAUUAAUUCAGGGACAGGACCAAAAGAUCAGCCAUAUUACAUUAUUGUAAACCAAGGGACGUCGAGUGAACAAACAUUUCUUAUAGAACCAAACAAACAUGGAGUUUUAUGUGAUUUAGGCAAUCAGCAGAUGCCAUCAAUGGUUCCUCCAAUUUUACCCUUAACACAAGCUGCAGGUCAACAAGUGGUGUUGAACAUGCCUGGAACCAGUCAGCAUCAAACUAUUUUACUGACAAUGCCUCAACUUCCGGUGCAGGGAACCAUUUUGCCACAGUCUGCUGCUAUUCAGGGAACCAGUCUAAAAUCUGAUUUCAGGGGAGUUAAUCAGCUGGACAAAACAAAUUCCACAGAUGGUAUAAAAUCGGAAAAUGUGUCUAAAGAAGAAAAGAAAGCAGAUAUAGUGUUUACUCUUGGGUCAAGUACACUAAGAGCAGAAGAACAACUGAAGAAAUUUGUUAGUUCAAGUCAAGCUCCACGAAAUCAGGCCUACUAUGUUGUUGUAAAUAAAGGGGAGACAAAUGAGAGGGCAUUCUUUAUUGAACCAAACAAAAAAGGAAAAUCUAAACCUAACACGGAAAAGAAAAUUGAAGCAGAGAAAACUGAUGACAGUCUAGUUAAAACACUAGAUCCAGUCAAAACAGAGGACAAAAAAACAGUCAAGGUAGAACAGGAAGUGGAAGUGACUGAUUCUUCUACAGGAGAUCCAGAACCUCAGAACAAGUUCCUAAAAUUUUGCCAGCUUCCAAAAACCCCAGCUAAAGUUCCAGUGGCAGCUGUUACACCUCAGAGACAAUCUGAACAGGAAAUCAAAACAGAAACUGUUGACUCUGUGAAAAUAGAACCAGGUAGUCUUCCCCAGACUAUGUCAAAAUCUUCACACAAUCCUCAAACUACAUCAACAUCCAGACAGUUACAGCCUACAUGUACAUCACCUGUACUCUUUGAAGAUGGCCAGACAGAUGGACCAGCUCCUGACAGUGUAGAUAAAACAAAUAACCUUGCUGAAUUAGAUAAAGAACAUAGCACAAAGAAGAAACCAAUUUUCAAGAAAAGGAAUACACUUUCUACAAAAACACUUAAAUCUGAGAUUGAGGACUGUAAGGGAACAUCUAAAGAUGGAGAUAGUAAUAUCGAUGGAGAAAUUAAUAUUGAUGAAGUAAAUAAUGAUAAACAUAAUGCUGAUGAUUUUAAAGAAGAAAGUAAAGGAGGAAGAAUGACUAAGCCUACAACAAGAGGAAAGGUAGAUCUGUCAGUGGUAGAUGAAGUUCAACAGGGUAGAAAGAAAUCAGAUGAUGUCCUACAAGAAGCAAAAGAUAAGAAGAAUGUUGGGGAGGAAUUAUUAGAUGGGGAAUCAGCUUCAGGUAAUGAUGUGAAUUCGGACGAGGAAUUUCUCAAUACACGAAGACGUGGUGGACGGAAACGUAAAUCAACAAGUAAAUUUCAAGAGUGGUCAAAGCGGUCAAGGAAAGGUGUCACAUAUGAAGAUAAUGAAAACAUUGAAGAAAAAGAAAAUAAG